AUGGCGUCGAUUGAAGCACGCAUACGUUCCUUUAAUGAUGAGCGAGAGAAAGAGCAUCUACACAAUUACGUCUACGUUGGUAGCUAUGACGUGUAUAAUACAAACCGUCAUCUACUUCGCGCACUCAGUCAUAUAUGUCCACACCAGCUUUUUGAAGUACGUGGUCCUCUGAGGUGCACCAACGGCGACAUGCAUUAUGAGAACUUGGCUGCGGAGAUCUGCCCAGUCACUGUGGUUACGGUGCUGGAGUUGGAUUACGAUACGUUUCAUGGUCACAUAAAAUACCAAAAGGGACAUUUCCAUCAGCGAGCUGGUGCUUCGAAUGCCCUAAGUGCAACCUCAAUUUUCAAAAUACCUCAAAACACCAUGCUCUCUAACUGUCACAAAAUGGUACAGAAUAGGCCAUGGACUCUGAUCCCAGAGACAAGCAAUGUAUCCAGAAUAUUGUAUCGUGAUCAAAGUGAAACUGGAUUCGCUUUACGAAGUGGUGCAACUGGACAGGCAUUUGAGAAUGCUCCAGGUCUAUCACAAACGGAUCUUAUGGAACGCAACCUUAAGAUUCUGUAA